AUGGUUGCCUCCAACGACUUCUCCCUCUUCGCCCUCUUCACCGCUGGCCUUGCUGCCCUCGUCCGCGCCGACGAUGGCCCCACUGCCAACGCUGUCCGCCUGCCCGGUCUUGGUGAUAUCGUUCCCGCCGGCGAGCGCUACGACAUCAAGUGGGAUGCCGACACUCCCUACGCGGGCGGCACCGUCACCCUCAUCCUGCUGAAGGGUCCCUCCACCAACGCCGUUCCCAUCCAGACCAUUGUCGCCGGCACUGAGAACGACGGCUCGUACGAGUGGUACCCCAGCACCGACCUUGAGGACUCCAACGGCGACACCGGCUACGGUAUCAAGCUCGUCAUCGAUGCCAACGGUGCCUACCAAUACACCACUCAGUUCGGUAUCUCCAACACCAAGAAGGCCGAGACCUCCUCGGCUGCUGCCUCUUCCUCGGCUCCGGUCAAGGCUGAGUCUGCUGCUGCCUCCUCCGCCGCUACCUCUGUCGUCACCCCUACUGCCUCUGGCAACGCUUCCUACGUCACUGAGAUCGUCACGGCUUACACCACCUUCUGCCCCGUCGCGACUGAGCUGACCCACAACGGCAAGACCUACACCGUGACUAAGCCCACCACUCUGACCAUCACCGACUGCCCCGGCGGCUGCACUGUCACCAAGCCCGUCUACACCUCGGUUGUCACUGAGUGCAAGGCCUGCUCUGCCUCCAGCUCUGCUCCUGUUCCCACCACCUCCUCCGUCCAGGGCGGCUUCUCCGGCAACUCGCCCAACCCGCCCUACGGCCCCAUCUCCAACACCACCGUCUCCUACACCAAGCCCGCUCUCGGCUCCUCCACCACCGGCGCUGUUGGCACCCCUGCUUCCACCACCCCCGGCCACCCUCUCUACACCGGUGCUGCCGGUGCUCUCAAGGCCAGCGGCGUCUUCGGCGCUGCCGUCGCCAUGGGUGCUGCUUUCUUCGCUCUCUAA